UGACAAAGCUAUUGAUUAUACGUGAAACACGUACCGGAUUCUUUUUCCGGUUGUAAAUAAAAAAAAGAAGCUCAUUACUAGUGAAGUGGUCAAGAAGGGACGCCUAGCCGAAAGAAAAGGGUCUUCUUUUUGCAUCAGAAUUCACACACUGCAGAGAAGCAAAGAAUAACAUCUAUUAUACAUAGAAAAAGAAAUGGGAAAAACUUUGCAGUCACUCCAAUCUCCUCCUUUUCACUAGUUUGGACUUUUUGCGAGUUUCUUAGUUCAUAAGGUUCGUUCGAUCGUGUGAGCUACGAUGAGUUGAUGCAUUGCCCCAGUCCACAAGAAAGGCAGGACUCUUGCUGCUCCAUAAAGACCGGCACAAGGUCUCAGCUCUUGGGCAUUCGAGCUUCAGGAGAGCUCUUGGAGAUGAGAAUUCUGCAGGGAGACAGAUUCAAAGAUGUGGAGCAGCAGCUACGGCCAUUUCUAUCGGCACGAAGGAAGCAGAUGGGUUUUCUGUCAUUGAAGCAGAAAGAGCUUUCGUCGAAGAAGACGGUAACUAUACGGAAGUUGAAAAAGGAUUGUCGAUGAGGACACUAAGAAUUGAUCCUUUGGAUAGCUUCAAAAAGUAUAAGGGUGGCUAUAACAUCACAAGCAAGCAUUACUGGAGUUCUACAAUUUAUACAGGGAGAUAUGGGUACAUAAUUGGCACAAUAUGGCUUCUCAGUGGCUUUGUGUAUGCUUGCAUUCUCGCGGUGGCACGGAGGACUUGUUUGCUCAAAAAGGAAAGGAAACAAAAGAUACUUCCUCGCUCUGAGAGACAUCUUGUCUGGGUAACAUUACUUGGGAUCCUAUAUACAUGCCUAGCCAUAGUAGCAUCUGGAAUAGUACUUGAUGGAUGCUCUAAAUUUCAUUCGAGGGUGCAAUCAAUCAAGAACAUCAUUGUAGAAACAUCAGAAGAGGCUUCACAAACCAUAUUUGAUGUGAUCAAAGCUGUCGAUGACAUGGAAAGUGUUACGCCGCAAUAUGGCAGUCUUGGAGGAUCCAGCUAUCUGAAUUCCACAUUGCAAAAUCUUAAUGAUGAAGCUGUGAACAUGCCGCGAAAAGCUGAGAAGAGCAUGGGGAUGGUUAACAGGGCAAUCAACAUAUUGAGAAUGGUGACUAUCUUCAUCAUUGUGCUGAAUCUUGUAGUUAUUCUUACAGUGCUUGUCUUGAGAUCUCUAAGACUAAGACUAAGACUUCACCAGACAUUUUACCUGUUCUCUGGUGAUACCUGUGCAGCUUUUGAGGAGUAUCAACAAAAUCCUCAAAAUAGCACCUUAAGCUCAAUCCUACAAUGCAGUGAGCAACUCUCAGCUAAUAUUUUUCUACAUGAUAUCCGGCAAAGAAUCCACGAUACAAUUGACCAGGUAAGUGCAAACAUAUCAGCAGUGAAAUCACUGUCUCUAGUCUGUAACCCUUUUUCUGGACCACCGGAGUAUUCUUACCAGCCAGGAAAUUGUUCUUCCAACACAAUCAAAAUAGGAGAUGUUCCUCAGGUCUUGAAGGAACAUAGAUGCUCAGAUGAUAGUGGAACUUGCAGCCAUGGUAACUUUUUAUCAUCCAUCGCGUACACAAGAGUGCAGGUCUACGCAAGCUCAAUGCAGAAUAUACUCGAUGGAUUUCCCCGCAUGGAAAGACUCGCAAAUUGUCAGUUGGUUAGGGAUGCAUUCUCCAAGAUUCUUGUUGAGAAUUGCAAACCAUUGAAGGAUAAUGCUCACUUGACAUCAACCACUAUGGCGGUUCUAUCAGCCAUCAUGGUUGCUCUUGCAUUGCUUUUGAUUUCUGAAGCUCACUAUCAUGAUGGAUCACACUCUUCUGCUGUCUCUGUAAGACCUCAGCCAAUCUCUGCAGAGAGUCAUAUUGGUCCACAAGUAACUUGUAGUAAAAAUGGAGGUUCAGAUCCAUAG